UCAACUGUUCAUUGGGAUCCAUUGCUGUGUCGUGGGGACUGUUUAUGGUUAUUUAUUGGAUUUUAUUUAAUCUGUAGGGGCAGAAGCUGCUGGACUGAUCUUAACUACUAACUUCACUUUUUCUCUUGUUGGCUGAUGGAGGGAUAUAAGAGAGUGAUGGCAGCCCUGACAGAGAAGGUGCUGACAGUCAGUGUGUUACUGAGUGUCUUGUUUCUUCCAGUAGUUCAGACUGGAUGUUCCAAGAACUUAUCCCUCAGUAUAACUGCACCAAAAAGACUGGAAGGUCUGAGCGGAUCCUGUUUGCUCAUCCCAUGCAGUUUUCUGGAGAUACCAAGAGAAACGUCUGAUAAGGAGAGAGAAAAAUUUGAAGUUUUGCUUCAAAGUCACCCAGACUUUGAAGAGGAUUCAAAGAAUGUGACUCACAACAGCAGUCAUCCAAAAGAAAUGGACACGACUCGAAACCUGGAAAAGUUUGACGACAAGAGAGAAACGACUGGAGUUUGGAUAACAGACAAACACAGGGUUGAGUCCUUUCAUCAAAAUGCGAUUUAUAACAGCAGUCGGUCACAAAACAGAUACACCGUGAACAUUAUUGGGAACCUGAAAGAGAAGAACUGCACCACCCUCUUUUCUAGCAUACAACCUAUUCAAGCGACGAAAUUCUACUUCAGGAUGGAGAAUGGGCCGUUCAGGGCCACGGCAGUCUGUGAUCCUGUUCAAAUAACAAUUAGAGAUUCUGCCUGGAGCCCCAGGAUUGAAAUCUCAGGUGACUUGAGGGAGAAGAAGUCUGUCACCGUAACCUGCUCCGCUCUCACUCCCUGUCCACAAUCACCUCCUGAACUCACCUUGAACCUCCAACCAAACCCUCACAGACAAAUGGAGAGGACCACAUGGACAUUUACAAGUAUAAUCCAGCAGAACAUCAUUCUGUCAGAGAUCCAUGAUGGAUACAUCAUCACCUGCUUUGCCAGAUAUCCUGUAGCUGGAGGAAAACACAAGACAGCAAAUACAGAUGUGACUCUCAGUGUUUCCUAUUCUCCCAAGAACACCUCAGCAUCCAUCACUUUAAGAAAAGGUAGAUGGGUGGAACUGCGUUGCUCCAGCAGAGCCAAUCCUCCUGUCAGCCUUCACUGGUUCAAGAACACCGCAAAUGGAGCCAUGGAAGUAGGUGAAGGAGAAAAUUAUGGAGUCAAUGUCACUGAGGGGACAACUUAUCACUGUGUGGCCAGGAAUGAUGUUGGUAGUCAGACAUCUCCAGAGAUUCGUCUGACUCUUCCAGCAAUAGCGUAUGAGCCAGCUGAUGAAGUUGUUGAAAGAAAAGGAGCUGACUCUCAACAUAUUCAGAUGACAAUAUUUUCAGGGGUGGGGGUCCUUGUCCUUGUCUGUCUGCUCAAAAUCAUCUUGUGGGUUUAUAAGUUCAGGCAUAAAACUCCAAAACAGGUCAAUCUGAUGGAGGGACAUACGAGAGUGAUGGCACCCCUAUCUGAGAACUUGCUGCCAGUCUGCAUGUUACUGAGUGUCUUUUUUCUUCCAGGAGUUCAGACUAAAUGUCAUUCGACUCACAGGGGAAUCAACAUUACUGCGCCAAAGCAUCUUAGCGCUCUGAGUGGAUCCUGUUUGCUAAUUCCAUGUAGCUUUACUGACGACAAGAUAAUGAAGUUUGACGGCCGAAGACAAACAUUUGGAAUCUGGACAAAAACUACAAUGUAUAUUGUCACUCAUUCAAAUAAGAUAGUUUACAACAGCAGUUGGUCAGAAAGCCCAUAUGGAAUCAAUAUUAUUGGAAAUCUGAGUGAGAAAAACUGCACAACUAUGUUUUCUCAUAUGUCUAAUGCUGAUCGAGGUAAAUACUACUUCAGAGUUGAAAGCGGGCCAUUCAGAUCAUUUGCUUCCUGUGAUCCUGUUCAAGUAGUAGUUAAAGAUUCUGCCUGGAGCCCCAGGAUUGAAAUCUCAGGUGACUUGAGGGAGAAGAAGUCUGUCACCGUAACCUGCUCCGCUCUCACUCCCUGUCCACAAUCACCUCCUGAACUCACCUUGAACCUCCAACCAAACCCUCACAGACAAAUGGAGAGGAACACAGAUGGAACAUUUACAAGUAUAAUCCAGCAGAACAUUCUGUCAGAGAUCCAUGAUGGAUACAAGAUCACCUGCUUUGCCAGAUAUCCUGUAGCUGGAGGAAAACACAAGACAGCAAAUACAGAUGUGACUCUCAGUGUUUCCUAUUCUCCCAAGAACACCUCAGCAUCCAUCACUUUAAGAAAAGGUAGAUGGGUGGAACUGCGUUGCUCCAGCAGAGCCAAUCCUCCUGUCAGCAUCUUCACCUGGUUCAAGAACACCGCAAAUGGAGCCAUAGAAGUAGGUGAAGGAGAAAAUUAUGGAGUCCAUGUCACUGAGGGGACAACUUAUCACUGUGUGGCCAGGAAUGAUGUUGGUAGUCAGACAUCUCCAGAGAUUCGUCUGACUCUUCCAGCAAUAGGGUUUGAGGACUCUGAAGUUCUUGGAACAAAAGGAGUUCAGACUGAAUGUCAUUCGACUCACAGGGGAAUCAACAUUUCUGUGCCAAAGCAUCUUAAUGCUCUGAGUGGAUCCUGUUUGCUAAUUCCAUGUAGCUUUACUGACGACAAGAUAAUGAAGUUUGACGGCCGAAGUCAAACAUUUGGAAUCUGGACAAAAACUACAAUGUAUAUUGUCACUCAUUCAAAUAAGAUAGUUUACAACAGCAGUUGGUCAGAAAGCCCAUAUGGAAUCAAUAUUAUUGGAAAUCUGAGUGAGAGAAACUGCACAACUUUGUUUUCUCGUAUGUCUAACGUCGAUCGAGGUAAAUACUACUUCAGAGUUGAAAGCGGGCCAUUCAGAUCAUUUGCUUCCUGUGAUCCUGUUCAAGUAGUAGUUAAAGAUUCUGCCUGGAGCCCCAGGAUUGAAAUCUCAGGUGACUUGAGGGAGAAGAAGUCUGUCACCGUAACCUGCUCCGCUCUCACUCCCUGUCCACAAUCACCUCCUGAACUCACCUUGAACCUCCAACCAAACCCUCACAGACAAAUGGAGAGGAACACAGAUGGAACAUUUACAAGUAUAAUCCAGCAGAACAUCAUUCUGUCAGAGAUCCAUGAUGGAUACAAGAUCACCUGCUUUGCCAGAUAUCCUGUAGCUGGAGGAAAACACAAGACAGCAAAUACAGAUGUGACUCUCAGUGUUUCCUAUUCUCCCAAGAACACCUCAGCAUCCAUCACUUUAAGAAAAGGUAGAUGGGUGGAACUGCGUUGCUCCAGCAGAGCCAAUCCUCCUGUCAGCAUCUUCACCUGGUUCAAGAACACCGCAAAUGGAGCCAUGGAAGUAGGUGAAGGAGAAAAUUAUGGAGUCCAUGUCACUGAGGGGACAACUUAUCACUGUGUGGCCAGGAAUGAUGUUGGUAGUCAGACAUCUCCAGAGAUUCGUCUGACUCUUCCAGCAAUAGGGUUUGAGGACUCUGACGUUCUUGGAACAAAAGGAGUUCAGACUGAAUGUCAUUCGACUCACAAGGGAAUCAACAUUACUGCGCCAAAGCAUCUUAGCGCUCUGAGUGGAUCCUGUUUGCUAAUUCCAUGUAGCUUUACUGACGACAAGACAAUGAAGUUUGAUGACAACACAAAACCAUCAGGAAUUUGGAUAAGAGCUGCAGUCUGGGUUGACAGUUAUGCACAUCUUGUGGUUUUCAACAGCAGUUGGUCAAAAAACAAAUAUGAAAUGAAAAUGAUUGGAAAUCUGAGUGAGAGAAACUGCACAACUGUGUUUUCUAAUAUACAUCCAAGUCAUACAGACCGUUACUUCUUCAUUAUUGAGAAUGGGCUGCUCAGAUCGUUUGCUGUCUGUGAUCCUGUUCUUUUAAUAAUUAGAGAUUCUGCUUGGAGCCCCAGGAUUGAAAUCUCAGGUGACUUGAGGGAGAAGAAGUCUGUCACCGUAACCUGCUCCGCUCUCACUCCCUGUCCACAAUCACCUCCUGAACUCACCUUGAACCUCCAACCAAACCCUCGCAGACAGAUGGAGAGGAACACAGAUGGAACGUUUACAACUACAAUCCAGCAGAGCAUCACUCUGUCAUACAAAUAUGAUGGAUACAAUAUCAUCUGCUCUGCCAGAUAUCCUGUGAUUCCAGAAAAAUAUAACAGAAAACCUUAUAAGGAAACAAAGACAAAAUACACUCUCAGUUUUCCCUAUGGUCCCAAAGAAACCUCAGCAUACAUCAGCUCAUCAGCAGAUAACUUGGUGAAGCUGCAUUGCUCCAGCAGAGCCAAUCCUCCUGUCAACAUCUUCACCUGGUUCAAGAACACCUCAAAUGGAACCGUGAAAGUAGCUGAAGGAGAAAAUUAUGGAGUUCAUAUCACUAAGAAGGAAAUUUAUUCCUGUGUAGCCAUUAAUGAUAUUGGUAGUCAGACAUCUCCAGAGAUUCUGCUGACUGUUAAAGAUAAAGGGAUUCGGCCAACUGGUAAAACCAUUGAAAGAAAAGGAGCUCAGAGUUCUAAAAUUCAGAUUUCACUUGUUGUAGCAAUCGCUGUUCUCAUACUUCUCUGCCUGCUCAAAGUCAUCGUGUGGUUUGUUAAGGUCAAAAUUCCAACCAGACCACAGGUCAAUGCUCCUCUUAAUGAAUAACUGGGCCUUGAAUUGUGAGCCAGUACCACUGAGGGAGAUGUUUACCAUGAGGAUCUAAACCUCUUGAUUAAACAACUUCCUCCACGCGUAGCUGCAGACAGCGACAGGAGACGAUGUAAACACAAAUCUCCAGAUCUCUAAGAAAUAGCAGCUCAGCAGAGUCUGACUGCCCAGAGGUCAUCAACACACAAGGGAAUAAACAUUGACCUCUUUCUGUAGAAUGUCUGUUUCUCAUUGGAGAACAUGUUAACGUCUCUCCACUGGCUUUCUGUAACUCAGAGAACAGACUUUGAAUAUCUCUGUCAGUCUACUAAUCACUGAGCAAUUCAGCACCACAAUAUGUUAAAGAUCUGCUGUUAUAUUGACCUCUCAGGUCUUCUGGUUCUGGUUCUGGUUCUCAUCUGCAUCUCCAGAACCAAACACGGAGAAGCAGCAUUUCUUGAAUUUAUUGUCUAUGCACCUCAGAUCUGGAACAAACUGCCAGAAAGCCCCAAAACAGCUGAAACACUGAGUUCCUUCAACUCAAGACUAAAAAUCUGUUUAGUUAUUUUUUAACUAUAAUA